AUGGUAUUGGUCAUGUUGGCUCUAGUAGUUCCUCUGUGUCGCUCAAGCCAUGUACGAGUACCUCUACAAGGACUGUCUUCUUUUGCAUCUAUAUGGAAUGCUCCGACUGAAAUAUGCAUGAAAAAAUUUCGAGUUCCACUUGACCUGCGUUUUUUUGACAUGGAAGGAAGCACAUUGUCAUGUGCAAGAGGUCAGAACAUUACAUUGUUCUAUACUGACAGACUGGGAUAUUAUCCAUCAAUACAUCCUGUAACUGGCAAAAUUUAUAAUGGAGGCAUUCCCCAGAUGACAAAUAUGCAUGAACAUUUACGGAAAGCCAAGGAGGAUCUCACCCACUACAUUCCAUCUACAACGCGACCUGGUCUGGCAGUGAUUGACUGGGAAGACUGGAGGCCUACAUGGAUUAGAAACUGGGCUUCCAAGGAAGUGUACAAGACGAUGUCCAUUGAGUUUGCAUUACAAAAAGAUCUAAGGCUCUCUCAGACAAAAGCAGCAUCUGUUGCUAAAACACAGUUUGAACAUGCAGCAAAACAUCUGAUGCUAAACACCUUAAGGAUUGGUAAAUCCAUGAGACCUAGGCACCUAUGGGGAUUCUACUUAUUCCCCAAUUGUCAAAAUUAUGACUAUAAACAGAAUCCUCAUAAUUACACUGGUCGCUGCCCAGAGAUUGAAAUAUUGAGAAAUGAUGGACUCCAUUGGCUAUGGAAAGAAAGUACAGCACUGUUUCCAAAUAUGUACCUGGAAACUGCUUUACGGUCAUCAACUAAUGCUGCAUUGUUCUCCCGUCAUCGCAUUCAGGAAGCCAAGAGACUAUCUAAAAUAGCAAACGCUGCACACUCCCUUCCAGUGUAUAUGUACAAUCGGCCAGUAUUUACAGAUGACACACAGGAAUACCUAUCUAAGGUUGAUCUGGUCCACACAAUCGGUGAAAGUGCAGCUCUCGGCACUGCUGGAUUUGUAAUGUGGGGUGAUAUGAAUUUAACUCUGAGCAAGGAAACAUGCACAAAUUUGAAUAACUUUAUUGUGAACACCCUGAAUCCAUACAUCAUCAAUGUAACACUGGCUUCGAAGCUUUGCAGUGCGGCACUGUGCCAGAACAAUGGUGUGUGCACGCGUAAGCACUGGAACACAAACACUUACCUCCAUCUUAACAAAAGAAAUAUGGUUAUAGGACGGAAAGAUGGAAAGUAUUUUGUGCAUGGAAAUCCGACAGUGGAAGAUCUUAAUCACUUUUAUGAAAACUUUGAAUGUCAAUGUUACACAGGAAGAAAGUGCCGAAGACCUUCACCUCUGAGACACAUAAAUGUGUGCAUAAGGCAAAAUAUCUGCAUAAACACCAACUUGUCCACAAUGUCUAAAAAGAAUUCUAAAACUUAA